AUGUCCGCUAGACAAUUUUUAAACAUUUCGUCCUACAAGACCGCAUCCAGGUGUUGGAUACCAAUAAAACAAAUCAAUUCUGGUGCUAGCAACUUGAGAUUUUUCUCUUCCAAACAAAGAUGCAUUAACUUCAACAACUUACAUGAAAGCAACUUGAUUGCCAACGAUGCUGUAUUCACGAGUGCUGUUCAUGAGGAAUUAGAUUCUACACCAGACUUUGAAUCGUUUGAGCCUACUGUGUUUUCUUCCGAGGAAAUUCACACUGCUGGUCCAGUGAACAAGGCAUAA